CCGGCGACGCUGCGGACGGAGCUGGGCUCGAACCUGCACCUGCUGAAGGGGCUGAACGUGCGCUUCCGCUGCUUCCUGGCCAAGGUGCACGAGCUGGAGCGGCGCAACCGGCUGCUGGAGAAGCAGCUCCAGGCGCAGCAGGAGAGCGAGCGCCAGCGGCGCCUCCGCUACAAGCGCUUCCCCCGGCACCAGGCCGUCCAGACCGAGCCGCUGCCUCCGCCGUCGCUGCCUCACUCGCACUCCCACCCGCCGCCUUCUUCUUCUUCCUCCUCCUCCUCGGCCGGGGUCUUCCCUUCGCCGCCGCCGCCCUCCUCGUCGCCCUACAGCCGCCUGCCCGGCACCAUCUGGAGCUACACGCAGGUGAGGCGGACGGGCGGCGGCGGCCUGGAGACCCUGCAAGGGCCCGGCGUCUCCUGGCUCCACCCGGACGGCGUUGGCGUCCAGAUCGACACCAUCACGCCCGAGAUCCGGGCCCUCUACAACGUCCUGGCCAAAGUCAAGCGCGAGAGGGACGACUACAAGAGGAGAUGGGAGGAGGAACUGGGGAAGCGCAUGAGUCUUGAAUCAAUGGUAGAGACGCUGCAAGAGGAAGCGCAAGAAGCCGAGGCUCUCCAGGAAGAGUUAAACGAGAAGAUUGAGAGGCUGAAAGCGGAGCUGGUGGUCUUCAAGGGUCUGAUGAGUGAUCCUAUGACAGACCUGGACACAAAGAUCCAAGAGAAAGCCAUGAAAGUGGACAUGGACAUCUGUCGACGCAUCGAUAUCACAGCCAAGCUGUGCGAUGUCGCGCAGCAGCGCAACUCGGAAGAUGUUUCCAAGAUAUUCCAGGUGGCGUCCAAGAAGAAAGAGCGGAAACUCCUUUCUGAUGACGACAUCUCGGAGCAGGACGCCGACAAUGCCCGCUUCUCGGACGACGAGGUCAGCUCCCUGAACAUCACGGACGAGAUGAAGAGGAUGUUUAAUCAGUUGCGGGAGACUUUUGAUUUUGAUGACGACUGUGACAGCUUGACCUGGGAAGAGAAUGAGGACACACUGCUUCUCUGGGAGGACUUUACUAACUGCAACCCCUCGAUUGAGCUCCAGGGAGAGCAAGAGGAGAACUUGGGCAACUUGAUCCACGAGACGGAAUCCUUCUUCAAAACAAGAGACAAGGAAUACCAAGAAACGAUAGGGCAGAUUGAGCUGGAACUGGCCACAGCCAAGAGUGACAUGAACCGCCACCUCCACGAGUACAUGGAGAUGUGCAGCAUGAAGCGGGGCCUGGAUGUCCAGAUGGAGACCUGCCGGCGGCUCAUCAAAGGCUCAGCUGAAAGAAACUCUCCGUCUCCCAGUUCAGUAGCUAGCAGCGACUCAGGAAACACAGACGAGAUCCAGGACGAGUUUGACCGAGACGCAGACGUGGAGCCCAUGGUCAGCUGAUAACGAACCAGGACAGGCUGCACAAAAGGAGAACAGAAAGGAAUCAGAGACAAGAAAACACAAAAACAAGAGCGUUCAAUACAGGGAAAUCAAAAGACUUCGUUCAGAGCCCUUGCCCGGGGUUCCUGGAGACUUGGUUUUUGUAGGCUUCGCCACCCCGUCCAAGGAUUGGUGCUGUAAAAAAAAAAAUUUCUACAAAUGACAAAUGUGGAGUUCUGUGCAGGAAAAUAAUAAUAAUAAUAAUAAUGGUGUUUUAAUUGUGCCUUUGCCCCAAGCUGAGCCAUUUGGAGCUCCACUGGCAUACCAUACCGCUUUUUAUAUUAAAAACUAACGAGUUAAAAAAUAUAUAUAUUCUGGUAGCAGAAAAAACAGGCGGCCACAAAAGAUUUGGACUGAAUGGGACUGUUGAAGCGAGGGGGCUCGGCAGCGAGUGAGUAGCCAAGAUCACAUUUGCAGGAGGCCAGACGGGGCCAGGUCUGUGCUUAUAAAACCGUUGAAACACACCCUCUCCGCUGUUUGCCUCAGCAAGGGGGGAUCUUUUGGGCCUCAGUGCCUGGAAGGUCAGCAGCAUGGAACCAGGUCCGCCGGCGUCCAGAAUCCCAUGAAGCUUGAGGGCAAGGCAGGAUGGUGCAAAGCACCUUGGAGGUGGGACUGUCGCUGUUUUUAAACUAUGCAAGGAAAAAAAAAGCCCCCACAAAACAAGCAAGGCGCUCGCCUUAUUUUUAACGCAACCUUUGGCCCUGCUGGGCUUCUGUAGCUCAUGCUGGAAGGGGAGCUGCGCUUUCACGGGGCAGUCGUCCUGGCCUUGGUGUGGGUCUCCCAUCACAGCAUGUGUUUUAAGGAUCCCUCCGUUUCUGAAUCCCAUCUCUCUCCCGCUUUAUACUUUUGCCAUCAUACUGAUUUUUUCCAAAAGUGUUUCUCUCGGAGAGGAGGCCCCAUUUGGGUACUGCUUUCCAAAGCGUCGAGGCACAGCAGUCGACGGGCCUGCCGUCCCCAAGGUCCGUGUUAAUAAAACUGUGUGGCAAACAAGCCGCAGGUACAGAUGGGGUUGCGGGGACAUGAUCUGUCCCAAAAUACACGGAGAAGUUCCGUUGGGCUGCAGGAGUCUCUGGAGCUGUGCUUGCUUUUCAGAUGCACUGAAAAUAAGUGUUCAAUGGUGGGAUUUGUUUUUUUUAAAAAUCCAGAGUAUUAACAAGCAUUCCUGAAACCAAGAUGUUGCUUGCUUGCACCUCCUCUCUAAGAAGCAUUGAGUCUCAUGCUCCUUUCCUGCCCCAGUCACACUUGAUGGUUUAAUAAAACCUGGGCUUUGGACUUUCCUUGGUCAAAGCGCUGCUAAACAUGGCAGGGGAUCGCUGCCUCUUUGGCCCGAGCAGGUUGUUCCUCAGUCAGAAAAGGGUCCGGCUGCAGAUCAUGUGUGCUACAUCCGCCAUACGUGUAGGCACUUUUGGCUUCAUGGUUAAAGCUGAUGUCAAGGGUGAGAGGUGUUGGGGAAGGGUGCCCAAAGGCUUUCUCGUUUCUGCCGGAAGGUUAUUCCUUACUUCAAACCGGUUGAGAAAGGAGCCUGACCCCCACCCCACCCUGAUUCUCUGAAACACCCUGUGCCGGAACUUUCUGCACUUUCUGAGAGAAAGAACCUUUCUGAGGGUAGAUGUUUGGGUUCAGAACUUGGGGAAAUUAAAUCCUCAGUAUGAAAACGGGCCUUGCCUGAACGUCCAGAUUUGCUGCUGGAAACUCAUGUUACUGCUGCUCCUUUCAGGUUAGAAGCUUUAUUCCAUAGGUCAGUGAGCAAAAGCUUGCUCUGUCUCUUUUUUUAUCCAGCAUUUGAUCGUUUUUCUCCUUCUGUGUGCUGUUUUUUUUUUUUUAAUUUUUGGAAAGAGGAACCCCAUUGCCGAGUGCUUUUUUUGCAACUUUUUUGCCUGCGAACCCAAUCCACAUUCAUUAUAUGGUCUGUGGGUUGGGGAAGGCGAACGCCAGCCUUCUUCCUUUGGAAAAAGAAACGAAAAAGGGUUGGUGCCUGUUCUUCUAGGAAGCACCACUUCCCCCAAGCUGGGGAUUUUGAUGCUGUAGGACAUGGGGUUUCUCAAAAUCCAUCCAGAGCCGCAGCACACAAGUGCGACUGUAAAUCUUUUAAACUUUACAGCGAUUCCAGCGUCCCACCAGCGUAGGACUCGCUGCCUCGGUGUAGCAGAAACCAAGCCGUUUUAAAAGCCGUCCUCUUCCGUUGCUGCUGAAGUCUUUGCUUUUUCAUUCGGGCGCAUGGUUCUUUCCACGUGCUUAUUUUUCACGACUAGCAUGUUAAGGUCGAUAAAGAGGGGUUAUACAGGGGUGGGCUGAUUCGUCUGCGGUUCUGGACGUUGGAAGGGGACACAGAAGUUUGGUACACGGGGGUCUCUUAAGAAAAGAGUUCCUCUUGUAGUUAUCACUGGGUGGCACUUAUUAUAUAGAGAUUGCAUUUUCCAUAUGUUUAGAAAGUAGGUGGGGAUUAAGAAUAAAAGUAGAAUGGUAUAUGGUAGUGGUUAAGAUGGUGGUCAGUGUCUUUUUUAUGUAUGCAAUCUGUAUUUAACUUUUGUCUCCACAUUUUGGAUGUGGGGUUUUCUUUUAUAAAAGGGAAUAUAGGAGGAAUUUAGCACAUAGGUUAGUCCCUUAAUAGAUAGUGGUAGCCUCUGGUACAGUUUUUAUUUUCCUUUUUUGGUAUAAUGUCUCUUUCAGUCCAUGCUGCUGUCUUUAGUGGAAGAGUGGGCAGAGGUGCAGCUGAGAUGUCUGUAAUGACCAGCUUAAAAGCUUGUAGGGGGGGGAAUUGUGAAAAUGCUGGACAUGAUUUUAAUGACCUCCUUUCUCCCCACUUCUGUAAAGCUGUAAAUACUUUAUUUAGUUAUUUGUGAGGCAGUGUCAUAUUGACACUUAUUUAAAAGUCUUCAAAAUAGGGAACAGGUCUUGUUUCCUCCUGGGGUUUUUAAGGGUAUCUUUUUUUAAAAAAAAUAAAUAAAUUCAAAACCUAACCAUUUUUCUUUGUGUGUUAGCAAAGGGAGUGAUGACUAGUCAGGUUACUAACGGAGUUUGUCAGCCAGCAUCUGGAAGGGAGGCGCCUUGAGCCUUUUUUUAUGCAGAUGCCUGUGUUGUUGUUGUUGUUGUUGUUGUUGUUUUUAAACAACCUAAUAAAAUUUCCAAAGAAUGCCUAGAUCCAUUUUUGAGGGUUUCCCAUGAUUUCUUCCCAGCUCAGUCGAUGGCUAAAGAAGGCAGCCUGGUUCCCAAAGGGAGGUCGAGGUCAUAGACCAGAAGCCACGAUGAGAUUCCUCCGGCCCCGAUUGGUAGCUCUGAAAGUUAGCGCUGUGGAAGGUGCUGAACAGAUACCUGAACAGUGACUCGGUGGACGUGGUCCCUGCGUUCCCUUCAGUUACGAAAAAUAAUAGGAAAUCUUGACCCACUUUUUUUUUUUUUUUUUUUUUUUUUUGGCCUCCCGCUAGAGGGCCAGCUCCAUCGCUCCAUAUAUAUUAUUCAAGAGGCAGGAGCGGCUGCUUUUCCUUUGUGCACUGUGUUAAUUGGGACCUGAAAAGCCGAGAUAAAAGAUCGGGUGUUCAAUGUGGGUGUGUGAUUUUUGUGUUUUGAAACAGAUCAGAUGACUGUUCUGCCCAGCAGGAGAACUUGGGGAAUUAAAUCCAAGCACCCCCGUCCUCCCAGCCGUCUGCUUCUGUCCACAUUUCAGUGCAAACGGACAGCAGCUAAUAGAAGUGGGUUUUAUUUUUUUAAUGUUUGCCUUGAAGUGUUUGGCGGAAAGCAAUCUGAAGGGAGGGUUGCGUUUGAAAAUAUGCCUUUGUCUUCUUAAGUGCUGCUGCUUGUUUCAAGUGGGAUGGGCCAGUGAUGCUUGCCAGAUAACAUGGAGGAGCAUGCUGGGCUUUUUCUUUUUCUAAAUAGAAGAAAUUGCAGUUUUUCAAUAAGACUCCAGUUGACAUCAUGCUGGUCCUGUCCUGCUCUUGCCUGUUUGCAGUCACAGAAACAUCACUGGCUGCACCCAGGAUCAGUGUUACCUUCCUGUCCUUAGUUCCACUGAAGCCUUGCAGUGCUCAAGUGUAGGGGUUUGGAACUUUAGGCCCAGUAUUGACCAUUCAGAGUAUUUUUUUUAACAGGAAGUGGAAAGGGUCAUGUCUCCUUCCCCAGAGGCACCCCCCCCUUGGGCUUGUUCAGAAAACAGCCAUUACUCAGUUUAAAAAAAACAAAACAAAACAACAGGCAGGUAUGAAUGGAACAAUGGAAGAUCCCUUGUCCGUUCUCUGCUCUUCUUGGAUGGGAUGAGAGCGGCAGACAGGUAAUAUUUGAAAGGCCACAAACAGCCCACCUCGCGGGGGGGGGCAAGAAACUACACAUUCCAUCCUUAUGCCUUCCUUGAACACUGGGAGGAUGAUUCCACGAGCUUCCCACUAGAAAAGUAUUCUCCCUUGUGGCUUGAGCGGAGGGUUUUGAAUGGGGUGGCCCUCCGCCCCCUGCUGAGGAAGCAGCCCCCCCCCCCCCUCUUGCAGCCAGAAGCUUUCCCUCCUUCUAACACACUUCCCAGUCUCCUUCCCAGCUGGCUGGGGAAGGGGAUCUCGAAAACCUGUCUGUCUGCCAAGGCCCACGCUCUCGUCUCCUGCUGACUUCAACUCUUUUUUGGCUCUUUGGGAGAGCGAAGGGCAGGCCAGCCGAGAGAGGCCGGGGUGGGUGGGGCGCCUUGGCAGAAGAUUGUCAGGAAAGAGCUGGUUUUAAGCAGGUUGCUUGCAAAAUGUCCAGACCAGUCAUUGGUAGGGUGCCCUCCCGACGCGGGGGUCAGCCAAGGCAGAAAACUUCAGGUAGGUGAGACAUUCACAUUCUGCUGCUCGUAGGAACGUUUGUGCCUGGUCUUCCUUGCAAUUCUCUUAUUUGAGGCAUGUCGCUAGCUAGUCGCCUGUGGUGAGUAGAGUGAGUCUAGACAGGUAACCACAUCUGCCUUACCAAAGUUGAGUCUUCUAUUCUUUCCCCUUUUGAAAUACAAAUGAUGGGCAAAGGUCUAUGAGUGGGAAGGUGGGCCACUAAAGAUUUCUGCGAGCCAGUGACUGUUCGUGGCUCUGUUAGCCCACCUUGCUGGUAGGAAAUCCUAUGCGGAGCACUUUAUUUAUACCAGGAAUGGUUUGAAAUGGAGGCCUCUGGUGUUCUUGUAUAAAAAAGCAUGGUACAAAAUUGCUGCGUGUUUGCUGUCUUGGCUGCCUGAAACGUGCCUAGGAGGUUAUAUAUAUAUAUUUUGCAGCUGAUGGGUAUUGUAAUUCUAGCAGAGCGCCUUUUUGAUUGGGCCUUGCUCGAAAAGACAGCUGACUUUGUCAUGAAACAUUGGGGGGUAGAAGAUUCCCCCAAUUAAUCACGAUUUCCUUAGAAGCCAUGCAUAAGCUCCUGAUGCUGUUCAGUGUGAUUUUUACAAGUGGUUCAGUUUUAGGGAGAGGUUCCCCCCCCC